AUGCGGAUACGAACGACUGCGAGGAUCCGAAAGGGCAAAUCGACGGGGCUGGUUACAACCACCAGGGUUACACACGCGACACCAGCGGCUCUUUAUGCACACGCGGCCAGCCGUUACUGGGAGGACGACGGCAAAGUGCCACCUGCUGCACGUACCUCUUGCAAAGACAUUGCGCGUCAGCUGCUUGAGGACGAGCCUGGCUGUAACAUUACUGUGAUACUUGGUGGUGGGAGACGCCAUUUUGUACCGAAGGUGACUUUAGACCCCGAAGAGCCGGAAAAAGAAGGCAGAAGGUUGGAUGGUAGAAAUCUUAUUGAAGAGUGGUCCAGGAAUCAUCGUAAAAGAAACAUAACCGCAAAAUACGUCGCUAAUAAGGAACAGUUUGAAAAGGUGGACACGCGAAGAGUUAAUCGCUUAUUAGGACUCUUCGCCUAUUCUCACAUGGACUUCAACGUCGACCGGAACACGAACGACACCGGCGAUCCUUCUCUAGCUGAGAUGGCGAUUAAGGCGCUUCGGAUACUGGCGAACAAUCCCGAGGGAUACUUCCUCUUCGUGGAGGGUGGAAGAAUCGACCAUGCUCACCAUUACAACAACGCUUAUCGCGCCCUGGAUGAGACUCUAGCGCUGGAGGAAGCCGUUGAAGCAGUUAUGAAGGAGGUCGAUCUCACGGAAACACUCCUCGUGGUAACAGCGGAUCACUCGCACGUAUUAACUCUUGGUGGACUGGCAACGCUUCGUGGGAAUCCCAUAUUCGGCUCCGACAGCAAGGUGUCGGACGUUGACGGACAGCCCUACACAACGUUGCUCUACAGCAACGGCCCGGGUUACAUACAUCCGCGGAAUAUUCUACGGGAAGCUGGGAAAGAUUCCAUUCAGACGUCAGGCGUGCCGAGGGCGUGGGCGACGCACGGUGGUGAGGACGUGCCGGUGUUCGCCGUCGGGCCUCUCGCGAACGCCCUGUUCUCCGGUAGCGUCGACCAGAGUUACAUCCCGCACGCGAUCGCCUACGCUGCCUGCCUGGCCCAUCAUGCCAGCCGCUGCUCCCGGGAUUCUACGAACAACGCGAAUGCCAGCGACACAAUGAACGCCGCACCGAUAAGCUGUCCCUCGGCAGAGCCGAAUAGCGCGGCGAUAUCCAGCGACGUAAUGAAUGACCGCAUGCGAAAUCCACCCACGAAAUCCGCCGAUCGUAAUCAUGUUCCUAUACCUCCGGGUGACGUGUAUUGCAUGCCCGGGCUAAACAGCUGCCUAAUAACAUCGAUCAUCGCGGACGUCGAAGAAUUGGUUUGCGUCGCGAGCAUGGGGAUUUAUUCAUCGUUCAGCGAAAUCGGGCAUCUGUCAUGGAAAUUCUCGACGAAAACGGCAAAGGACAUAAAUGCCGUGAAAAUUGUGGAGCGGCACGAAUGCUCCACCGGGGAAUUUGACGUUCUUCUGUUGGAACUGGCUUACGACAGAUUGUUUAGCCUUCUUUGGAUCAGCAGGGUGGAGUGUGAGAAACACUACGCCUUGUACUUCAAACGAAGUGGUGUAGCCAUUUGCGAUGCAAUGUUUCGUGUAAAAGUUGAAAUAUAUUACAUACAUAGCGCCGUGUAUCUUGCGCUUUAUCCUCAAAGACCGCAUCAUCCCCCAGUCGCUGAAAACAAUUUAGAUUUGCAAUGCAAAGUAGUAAUAAGUCCCGGCUGGUCCCCCCGCAGUAGGCACCACUCGACACCCUGGUCGAGUCGCUUCAAGGAGUCCAACGACCUCCUCCUGGUCAAUCCUCUCUUUCGUUCCCACCGUCCGGCUGCCUCCGACGUGCGUCUUCAUCGUGGUGCAUCUUCGCCGCGCGAUGAUCAUCGGAUGACUUCGCGGCGGCGAGUUGCAUCCUCGAAGAAUUCAUGGAGACCCAGAACGGCGCGAGUAGACGUCUCCAGUCCCUUCGAGCAGCUCGAGAGUGUAGUGUGCUGUGGGUGGCCGAUUUCUCGGCUGCGGCUGAUUGGGUGUCUCUCAGAUUCGCCCUACGUCCCCUCGAGCUUUAUUUCGGCGCCAUCACCGGCGGUGCCACUGCAAUCAUAUGAGGGUAACAUCGAUUAUUUCACCAUGCCAAGCCAUCCUCGCUGGCUCAGUUACGGCAAGCCACGGGCCUUUUGUCCAACUCUACUGCAACUGCUAAGUCGUUGCAAGCCUUGGCGAUGGCGAUGCGUUAGCGCAGCGGUGUGAGCAAC